CCCCUCUCCCUCUCUCCCCCUCUCCGCGAUGCCCGGCAAGAAGCGGGUCCGCGCCAUCGCCGCGAUGGCCAAGAAGGUCCGCGACUACUGGGCCCUGAAGCAGCGGCCCCGGGACAGCGAGCGCCUGGGCCUGGACCCGCUCACCAUGACCCGGCCUCACUCCGGCAGGAAGCUGCCGGUCCGCGCCCACUCCGACAUCCGCACCGAGGCGCGGCUCUUCCAGACCCUCAACCGCCUCAAGCACUUCGGCCUCGGCCGCCUCUUCACCCGCAAGUCCUGGGUCUGGGCCCACCACCCCCUGCCCUGCUACUGGAGCAUCAGCACAGCCCGACCCGACUACACGGCCGAGGAACUGGACCACGGAAGAGCUUGGGGGGUGUUGACAUUCAAAGGAGUGACCGAAGAAAAGGUGAGGGAAAUCGAAAGAGUGAUGUACCAUGAUUGGCGCCUGAUACCAAAGCACGAAGAGGAAGAAUUUAAGCGCUUCACGCCCGUUCCCGAGACAAGCGUGCGCUACGUCCCGUACCCACCUCUGCUUCGUGCCAUGAUCUUUGCCCAGAGGCAGAAAGAAGGCGGAGACACAGGAGAGGAGCCCAUGAUUGAUCUGCAAAGGAAUCGUCAUUUCCCAAAGGACUACUUUAAAAACCUCGACUUGAAGCGACGUGCAGAGGGCACCCCAGUGUAACGAGUCUGUGCAAUGUGCACAGAGCUUAACGGACUAAUCUCAGCAAUAAGCAUUCAGCGGUGUUUUGUGAUGCUGUGUAAAUAUGGAUAAUAAACCCAUUUUUUUGUUCAAAA